GAGUCCGUCGCAACACUUUUUCUCAGUCGAUUGGCGCGAUUCCGGACAACCGGACGGACGACGGAGUUCCUUCGUGCAGAGAGAGAGCUAGGGCUAGCUAGUAAGGCUUCGUGAACUUUGAACCUUUUGUACUCGCGCGGUGUUGGUGGAAUUUCGCGGAAUUCAAGUUCAAGCGGUUCUGGCGCCGGAAUUGUUGGCGGGCAAGUCUGGACUUGGGAGAAUUGAGUAAAUUAGCAAAUAUUUAUCUGUGUUUGCACACGAGUCUGCGGUCGCAGUUAAUUUAAAUGGUAAAUUGGUGGUGAAAUUGGAAACAAGUGGAACAACCGCCGUUUGGGAUCGCCGUUUGGAAGGGAAGGUGCAGCUGUUCAAACGUCGACCUUCGUACACACAGUCCGGCUCGACUAAUCCAGUUAGUGCGGCGGCGACGUUCCUCGCGCAGAAGUUCGGUUCGCAUUUUGUGAGUGAGUUCAGAAAUCCAAAAGUGUCCUCUUCGGAAUCCAAUCCAAGUGUCCUCCAAAACCGAGGAAGAAAGUGGUGGGGCCAGGCCACCACUUGUGGGAAAUAUAGAUCCGACACCGAGAAGAGAGUGUUUCCUAUAAAUAGACCACCCUCUUAAGAUUUCAAAAAGAUACUUGAAAGAGGGACUACUGAACGGCAGGAGGAAAAAGAGGCAGAAGUUUGUUGUGAUUUUGAAUGAGCCAAAGGUGCCCCGGCGGGCUAAGUGUGUGACAUAGUCGGCCCGUGUAGUGGCCCGUGGUGGAAUUCCAAGGAAAAGGGAGGACGAGGACACCCCUCUCUUGAAACGCCCCACCAAUCGUGCGGACGUCGCGACGCACAGAGCGACAACAGCUGGUUGUAGCCGAAUACCUUUGGGUAGAUUUUGAUCCGGAAAAGGUGAACAUCAUGAGUGAGGAGCAGGCCAAGCUGGACGCCAGCAAGCAGGCACCGACCCCGGACGAUCUGGACGACCUGAGUCCGAUGCCGCAGACGGCGGUGCCACCGGUGCGGCGAAGGGGCGGCAUCUCGGCGGAACCGGUCAGCGAGGAGGACGCCACCAGCUACGUGAAGAAGGUCGUCCCGAAGGACUACAAAACGAUGGCCGCCCUGUCGAAGGCGAUCGCCAAGAACGUGCUAUUUUCCCACCUGGACGAGAACGAACGGUCGGACAUCUUCGACGCCAUGUUCCCGUGUAACUUUCUGCCGAACGAGCCGAUCAUCCAGCAGGGCGACGAGGGCGACAACUUUUACGUGAUCGACAUCGGCGAGGUUGAGGUCUUUGUGAACAGCGAACAGGUGACCACGAUCGGCGAGGGUGGCAGCUUCGGCGAGUUGGCCCUGAUCUACGGGACGCCCCGUGCCGCCACGGUGCGCGCCAAAACCGACGUCAAGCUGUGGGGCAUCGACCGGGACAGCUACCGGCGCAUCCUGAUGGGGUCGACCAUCCGGAAGCGCAAGAUGUACGAGGAGUUCCUGUCGCGGGUGUCGAUUCUGGAGAGCCUGGACAAGUGGGAACGGCUUACGGUGGCGGACGCGCUGGAACCGGUUACAUUCGAGGACGGCGAAACGAUCGUCAAACAGGGCGAGCCCGGAAACGAUUUCUACAUUAUUGUCGAGGGAUGCGCCACCGUUAGGCAGAAACGAGAAGUGAACGAAGACCCCGCCGAAGUGGGCCGGCUCGGCCCGAGCGACUACUUUGGGGAGAUCGCCCUGCUGCUGGACCGUCCCCGGGCCGCCACCGUGAUCGCUCGCGGCCCGCUCCGGUGUGUCAAACUGGAUCGUGCCCGGUUCGAGCGGGUACUCGGCCUAUGCGCGGACAUUCUCAAACGAAACAUUACGCAGUACAACAGCUUCGUGUCACUAUCGGUCUAAAUGUAAUAAAAUAACAGAAAAAUAACAGGAGACAAAAACAAGUAUCACAAAAACCAAAACAAAGGAAAGCUAACUUCAAAUGUUACAAACACAAAAUGAUCCCCCCCCGUCACCCCUUGGAAACCGUUUAUUUAACGACAGAACAAAACAAACUCUGCAUGAUGCCUGUAUUUAAUUUUCGAAUAAAUCAAUGUGACAACAAUGGAAAUUGCUGUGGACCCCAGCCCCUUGUGGCGAGUCUUUGUCAUAGAGCUGUUUACUUAAAUUAGAGUAAAGCGAGCGCGAGAGAGAAAGAGAGAGCGAGAGAGCGAACAUUUUUGACGUUACGUUUAGCAGAAAUCAUCAUCGCCAAAUCGUGCAGUGAGACAUCAAGCCGGCACUCGGUUGCAGAAAAUCACAACCUGUGUUUUUUUUUGCGGAUCCUGCUUCUCAUGUGAUCUGCAUUUGAAGCAGACAGGCGCCGGUAAUGACCAGCUGUCAAAUACGUUUUGAAAAGCACUAGAUUUUUCUCAAAUUAAGACAAAAUAACUCCUAAGAUGGGUUGCUCUACAUAAGCGCGUAGAUUGCUAGUCAUUACCGGCGCCUACAUGGUCAAAUUGAAGGUUUCGAAAAAAUGGAAAAAAAAAUGUGACCACGUUUUCAAUGACAAUUUAUUAGAACUUUUCAUUUUAAUUUCACCAUAAAAUUCUGGAAAUUUUCAAAAUUUUAACAAUCUUCCUUCACCUUUUUUUGCUGAUCUAGUCAAUAUUGGCGCCUGCCUUGUUCGAAUGCAGAUCUCAAAAACGCGAAUAAAUAUGAGAUUAUUAAAUUUAUCGAUUGCUAAAUUGUUAUGAUUUCUUGGAAAAUUUUACCUAAAUUACCUGAAUUUGAUUUGACACAAAUUAAAGUACAUACUACAACCAGAUCAGUACCGGCGCCUGCCACGUCAAACUGCAGAUCGAAAAAGAACGCGUUGAGGAGCAAUUACUGAAAUUUCUUGCUGAAAAACGGUCCGUUUUCUUUGCAACCGAGUGCAUCACAAUCGCGGAACGAAUCACAAGAGCGCAACCGUGUGAAUCUUAUUAUCUAUUCGCCGUGACAUUAUUAGUGUAUAUUUGGAGCAACAAAAAUCUAGCGAAACUGCGCUACACCGUGUAACAAUUAAUCGCGAGGAAUAAAAACCGCCAACCGAUGUGUAUUUUAACAAAAAAUAUUGUGAAUCGUGCAAAACAGCCAUUUUCCGCACGCUUCGCCGAAGGAGAACGAAGUGUGUAAUACCACUAGCUAGAUAUGUCUUUUUUCUCUACAAAAUAUCUGCAAACAACUACAUGAGCGCACUACUAGUGUUGAAAGGGGCAAAACACACACUGAAUUAUUAGAAACGGAAAACCACAAACAAUAAGGAGCGAAGCAGGAAGCUUAAUGCAAAACGUCGUCUUUUAAAUUGUGUGACUAAAAUUAUAUUGAAAAAAAAAAGAAGGUGAAGAAAACAAUUCAAAUGGUGCGAAAUAAGCUAACUAGCGAAACGGGAAGGGUUCGAAGGAGGGUGAAAGGAAUCAGGUCAGAAGGGACAAGCCAACUAUUUUAGGGAAAAAUAAAUGCUUAAUCAAUGAAUUAUUAAGUAUGACGGAGACAUUUUAACGCGCCAGGAGGCGAUAAUCAGCUGCGCACGCACCUUAGAGACAUAUUUAGAGUGGUUUUGCAAAUCACGGGUGACUUGUUGGAACUUUUGAACCUUUUUUUGUUGAAUGUCCUACAAUUUAGGACAUUAGGACAAAUGCUUUGAGUUGGACAUUAUGGUAAAGUUCUCUGGUGUAGGACAUUCGGGGUUGAACAUUAGGUCAAAAUGACAGCUCUGGUGUUGAACAUUAAGGUAAAUGUCCUCAUCGUUGGACACUAAGAAAUGUCUUAAUUUUGGUCUUUAGGGUAAUUUACCCUAGUUUUGGACAUUGUUGUCAAAUGGUAUUGUGUUGGACGUUAUUAUAAAGGAAAUAAUUGUGGAAAAUCAGGGUAAAAUGCCCCAGUGUUGGACGUAGGUCCUUAGGACAUUCAAAUUUAAAUAAUUUUUUUAAGGUCAAAGUUGACGACAAGUCACGUGGGUUUUGCACUUUUAGAAACGAGAUUAGUAAAUAAAAUAUUUAACAAAUCGAGUGAGCGUGGGGUGAGGAGUGAGAAUUAAAAUGAUGGUAUACAUUAUUAUAUUAGACACAUGUUGAAGGGGAACGCAUGUUGGCACACAAACACACGGUAAAUCUUUCUCUCCGUUUUAACUGUUAAGUGUACUAUGACAACACGUGGAUACUGUUAAGGACCGGAUCGGUAAAAUAGUGCUGAAAGAAUUAUUGAAAAGUGGAUUUUUAAAUUUGGAUUUGUAACGAGAAAUUAUUUGGAAUCUUUUUUUUCAACUUUAAUUCAAUUCCAGUUGGAAUUUUUACAUUUCAUCACAUUAAUCGAAUCUAGUGAAGAGAAAGUAAUCAACGACCCGCCAAAUUGAGCCCCCGUAAUGAUAAAGCAACUUAGACAUCACAAUUUCGUUACCCAUUAGCAGCUCGAAUCUUCUUGCUUUCCUAAUGCGUACUGGUUUCCUUUAACAAAAUUUAAAAAAAAACGAAGCAAAUAUUGUCAUCUUAAAUACAUAUAUUUAUACAUUGUAGUGUGGAUUCAUUCAACUUAGUAUAGGAAAACAAAACAAAAGUUUAAAUUUCUACACGGUAUCGUUACUUCUAUCGGCAGCAGAGCAAAAGCUGGAUUCCUUUAGCUGAAAAAGGCUGGACCUUUUCGUGUUUGACAGACAAAAAGCACCUUAAAAACUAACACAAGCACUACUAGUUGAUGUUUCGUUACGAACUACUACUCUUAAUAUUAUAAGUUAUGCGAACUAGCGCAAAUCUGCACCUUUUUUUUUAGAUUUGAAGUUGAAAUUCUGACAAGCAAAGUUCUCCCAAUUAGUAGAAAGUGCGUUUGCAUGCCAAACUCUAGACCAGUAGGGCAACCGGAAAUAGAUUCAAACUUCUUGGUAGACGACCCAAUUACAACGUUUCCAAAUUUCCGCUGUAGAGCGGUCUUCUCCCUAUCUCUUAAACCCAUCUGAACGAUUAGAAAACAACAGUGAAAAAUAUACCUAAAAUCGAAGUAAUAGUAUUAUUAAGAAUUGGCUGAAAGAGACUCUAUUUGGUUUGUUCUCACAAUUUUCAGUUUAACAACUCGCGACUAAUAUUUGAAGAAAAAUCCCCUUUCGGCAAAUUCUCAACUGAAACAAAAAUGAAUUAAUCUUUCUCACAUCUUUUAGACUUAAGUUCACUAUGUAAUGCAAAAAUCAACAAACACAAACACUUUGAGUAGAAGUUUGGAGAAAAGAAAAAAAAAACGUUCUAAUUGUUUAUUGCUUGUUUAGUGAGACACAUUUAUUCAAACACCGUAGAAAUAUGUAUUUAUACACGGAAAGUGUGUGUAUUUAACACGUUCAUUUACUAUCAUUUAGGUUCUAAGCAGAUACGUACAGAAAAACUAAUAAACAUGAUGGACGAGAAAA